CCCACUGAUCCAUCUGACACCAUGACCACUGCUAAUUGUCGGAGGCCUAGUAACGACAGCACCUCCCGGCUGUCGGAGCUCUCUCUUCUAUGUCGCUCACUAACCAGCCAGCAGGGCUCCCAGCGACGUAAGAAGAGCAGGCUUUCCACAGGUGGCAGCGAGGAUCAGAAAAAAUCGAACUCGUUGCUUUCGGCGUUCCAAAUGUACUCUCCCUUCAGUUCCAAGGAGAAUCUGCAGUCCAGCGAAGAGGUUGAAGAUCUACACGUGAUUGACACACAGCCAGGCCACUCCGGGGAUGUGCCACUCUUCGCUGAAUUUAGCCCAAUAAAUCCGAUUAUGGAAGAGGAUGCCGAGGGCGUUGAAGGCGGCAAAACCAGUGAAGCCAAAGGCAUAAGUGGCUGCAGUGGGCAAAAGGUCAAAGGCGAUGGCGGUGGCGGUGGUGGGGGCAAUCGAUUGAAGAGGAACAUCAAGCACACCGGGAGCCUGAUUGUGCGCAAACUAACUGCCGGAAGGCACAAUGAUGCGGACAAGAAGGGUGCGAUUAGGAAGAAGGAUAAGGAGCAGCAGGAGGUGGCGGACACGGAUAAGGAGAGACCAACCAGCAAGCCGGAGGGCAAGGUAGCCAUGCUGCGCACCACAACUCUCUAAUGGAAUAGAACGAGGGCGUGGCAUGAGCAAUACGUUUAAUUGUGGGGCAGUUUGUAUCUAUUGAAUGAGUGAAUAUGAAGGCAAUGCGGCGAAUCCCCUGCUGGAAUCUCAAGAAAUAAUUAAUGUUAGCAUCUCUCCGUAGAUCGAACGUAUUGAUAUAUUACUACACAUUACAAUCAAGCAGACAAACUCCUCUAUCUAUCCACACUGACAUGCAUUAGCACCCGCAUAGAUACGCACAUAUUUACAUACGUUAUUUAUUAGGAACCUAGUUAAUGGGCCAGCAAUAUAUGUCAUCGCACAGCGUGCAAGAUGGAACAGAAGUGAAUAUAAGGGUAACAGAAACACCACUCAAUAAAACCGUAACAAUAAAUAUUAACAAGAAACCAA